CUCAACUCUGAAAGUUGAGAAAGAAAUUUGUGCAAGUGGACGAGAAUGGAGGAGCUUUUCAAGACUUUUGCCCCAUUUACAAGCUUCAUACUUCUAGAGCCGUAGUGUCAACUCAAUUAUCAAUCGUCCAUGAUGUCCAAAUUGGAUAUUAAGACCGUUGGGCCUUUUAUUUUGCAGGAAACGUUGGGCCGAGGUCAGACUGGUGUUGUCAAGCUUGGGGUUCAUUGUCAGAGUAAGAAGAAAGUCGCAGUGAAGAUAAUAGACCGUACGAAGCUGAGCGAACCAGUUCUCCUGAAGGUUGAGAGAGAAAUUGCAAUCAUGAAGCUAAUAGAACAUCCCCAUGUGCUUGGAUUGUAUGACGUUUAUGAAAACAAAAAACAUUUAUUUCUUAUUCUUGAGCACGUUUCUGGAGGAGAAUUAUUUGAUUAUUUGGUCAGAAGAGGACGACUACCCAUAGCUGAGUCUAGAAGAUUUUUUGCACAGAUAGUUUCUGCUGUCGACUUCUGUCACAAGCAUUGUAUUUGUCAUAGAGAUUUAAAACCAGAAAAUUUAUUAUUGGACAGAAGAAUGAAUAUUAAAGUAGCAGACUUUGGAAUGGCAUCACUGCAGGUACUGUAUAGUUUAGUUUACAUAAUAUGUGUGAUUAUGCAUUCUGAUCAUGACAUAUCGAUCUUUUUUUCACAGGGUGAAAAAUAUGAUGGCAAGAAAGCAGACACAUGGAGUGUUGGAGUAAUUUUAUAUGCCCUACUUGUGGGAGCUCUUCCUUUUGAUGAUGAUAACUUAAAAGGUUUGCUUGAGAAGGUAAAGAGAGGUGUAUUCAGUAUUCCAUCAUUCGUCCCAUCUGACCUGCAAGAAUUGUUAAGAGGGAUGAUACAAGUAGAUAAAGAUAAGAGAUACACUUUACAGCAUGUUAAAAGGCAUCCAUUCUUAGCAAGUUAUAAAGAAGAACUCCCUCCUGACCCAGAAAUAAUAGACAUUGUGAGAAUCGAAGAUAUCAAUGCUAAAGAUGAGAUAGAUCCAGAUGUCCUUGCCUGUAUGACAUCACUGGGAUGUUUUAGAAACAAAGAUAAGCUGUUAAAUAACCUCCUGAAAGAGGGCAAAACUAUAGAAAAAGUAGUUUAUUUUUUAUUACUGGAGCGAAAAGAAAGGGUUCCCUGCAAUGAGGACACUGAAGUAGCGACUAUUAACAAACUUACUAAUUUAGUUGAAGACCCUCCACGCAAGCGAGUAGAUUCCUGUGGUUCGCCAAGGUUACAAAGAUCAAGACAAACCGUAUCACUGUGUCCGUCACCACCCAUCGUAAGACCUCGUGCUGAAACACACACAGGAGCAUCAAGCUCUCCCGUGCAGAUGAUUCACAUCAGCCCUAAACACCAACCAUACCUACAAACAAGGAGUCCUGGCCCAAGUCCCCCUGAUUCACCCAUCUCCACAACACCCCCAGGAAGCCCAUGGAAGUCUAGGCUGUCUAAUUUCAAGCAAGUCAUUGUUGGAACGCCUAAGUUUCAUAGGAAAAGACAUACUCAUACGCCAGGAAGCAGUUCUGGAGAGAGCACACCUGUCUGUCCGUCACCAGAUUCUUCACCAGAUCUGGUAAAGAAGUCAUGGUUUGGCCAUCUGAUGUUGGGACAUAACGGUCAUCAUAGACAAGAGGAACCUUUCUUCAUCGUAAUCAAACAGAAGUCUUUCAGUACUGUAAAGGCAGAUGUUGUCCAUGCUUUCUUAUCGGUCAGUCAUCUGACGCACUGUGUUGCCACUCAAAGCAGUUUUAAAGCAGAAUACAAGAAAGUAGGAGGCAAAACUAUGUUCAAAAAGCCAGUCAGAAUCUUGGUUGAAAUAGCUCCAGUGAAAGAUGCAGCUGAUAUGAGCUGUGAUGUUCACACAGUCUCGAUAACACUUGAGUCAGGUCCUGCCCAUCGUUUCAAAAAGCUCUGCGAAAAACUACAGCUGAUCUUGUUGUCAAACAAACGACAAUCCGACAAUCUCUCUGAAACCAGCAAUGGUGAUAGAACCUGUCUUCUCGUCCAAGAAGAAAAGGAAAGCACACCUAAUAACUUGAUCAACAAACUAGAACUCGCACAGUUGUCCGAUACAGAAAGCGAGAGUGAAAUACUGGACAGUCCGCAAGUCCCAAAGAAGACAUUAUUUGACUCAAGGAAGUAAUUCCUGGAAUGCCGUAAGUUACACUGGUAAGUGUUGCAAGACUCUUUGUGGAGUUCCUGUGGAUGAGACUUUACACAGGAAGCCCAGUUCUAGAGUUGCAUAUAAGGUAUACACCCAGGAAACUUCAUAUCACUGCGAUCGUUUUACGCUUACAUUCAAUUGGGUCUUACUAUAGAUCAUAAGGGUACAGCAUGAUCAUCAGUCUAACAGUUGUCAUGGCAACACUGUUACUGUUGUAAAGACUGUGUAUGUGAGCACAAAGCCUCAAAGACCCAGGCUUAACACUGUUUCUUGUCAUGUCCUUCUAUCUCUGCAGCCCUGGAAGAGAGAAGGGUGCACGCUAGUGACAUCCUUUUCACACACUCCACUUCUCUAAUCUCUCCUCACCCCACUCCUUUGACCUCUCCUCAUCCCACUCCUCUGAUCUCUCCUCUCAUCUUUCCUCGCCCCACUCCCCCAAUCUCUCCUCGCCCCACUCCCCUGAUCUCUCCUCGCCCCAAUCCCCUCUUUCGUCCUGGGUCUCUGAAGAUGCAAACUCUAAUGCACAUAUAUAGUACUUUGGUCUUAAAUCUACUUCAAGACCUAUACCAUGAGUACUGACCUUCAUUUAUUGCAGUUUUUAAUAUAUUGCAAACUCGUACCUGCCAGUUGCGCACUGACAAUUUUAUUCUUCACUUCCAUCAGUAGUCCAAUUUGACUAACACAAUAUUUUACCCAAUUCAAUUCAACUUUUCUUUGUCUUUUAUAUUUACAUAUAUCCAUAUCAUUCUUCAUUGACAUGCAAAGGUAAUGGACAAACAAAAGUCUCCCCAAUAGAUUUGAAUUGGGUAAAACAUUGCGUUGGCCAAAUCGGUUUAUCAAAAAUAUCAGUCAGUACCUUUUGUUUUUUCAACUGGCGGCCUCAAAGAAAACAUUCUUACAGGCAACUUGCAAACACUGAGUUUUCAUACUAUUGAAAAUUGCAGUAGUUAUGAGUGGAGGAACCAAUAUAUAAUAUUAUAUA